AUGCUGUUUUUUAAGCUACCUCGCUCAUCGCUCCUGUCCUCUACUGAGAACCUGAUUGGCAGUAUUGUGGGGGCAGUUUGCUUUACACUGGGAGUCCCUGGUAAUAUUGCUGUAAUGGUGCGUCUGUCUGGAUGGCUGAAGAGAGGCAGUUUCACCCCAAGACUGAUGCUAAGCCUGGCCAUAUCAGAUCUACUCACUCUGAUUUCUCUGCCGGUUUGGAUUUGGGCUCAUCUGCAUGGCUGGGUGUUUGGCUUGGUCUUGUGUAAGCUUCUCUCUUACAUCAUGUUGUUAAGCUUCUACUGCAGCAUACUGUGUGUGGUGUUGAUGAGCAUGCAGCGUUACAUCCAAGUGCUGCAUCCUGAGAAAUGGAAGAAGCUUGGCAGAAAUGGAAAGAAGAUCCUUUUGAGUGGGAUGUGGGUGUUAAGUGCAGUUUUAUCAUGCUAUGCUCUCAUACUAAGCGAUUUAAGCAUGGACAGAGGAAGACUUCUUCAGUGCACGCUAAGAUAUCAGAAUAAGACUGAAAGAGUGCUUACGGUUAUCUGGCAGAUUAUAAUAUUUGUGGCUUCAUCUACCAUCGUAUCUUAUUUCUACUUUCACCUUCACAGAGGAGUUAAUAACUCAGUUUUCUUUAGCAGUAACUCAUUGACCAAGGUGGUGACGAGAAUCGUGGUGUGUUUUUUUAUUUUUUGGUUCCCUAAUCAAAUCUCCGACAUUGUUAUCAUCAUUGCAACAUUGACUGGGAAUGACAGUCUGUUAAGAUCUGCAGUAUCUGGAGACAAUGUUACUACAGCUCUGGUUUUUUUUAACAGUUGUGUGAACCCCUUCCUGUACGCUUUCUCUGCUCGGGCUCUUCAACAGGGAACAGCUGGAACAGAUGAUCCUUAGUUUCUUGAACAUAUAGAGGUUUGAGUGAGCUGAUGCAUGUCCAUU